AUGGGUGACAGUGACCGCGGACAUGGACCGCGGCCGCUGGUCUCGAGGAUCGCCAUCAUCGGAGCCGGCCCGGUCGGCGUGGCUAGUGCAAAAUAUCUGCUGGCCGAGAAAGCGUUUGAUACGAUCGACAUCUACGAGCAGCGCGAUGGCGUGGGUGGUGUCUGGAACCUGUCUGAACCCACUCGGUCGAAGAAGGUCCCUAUUCCACAGCUCGAUCCGUUCUAUGGCCAGAGGGGAAGUGGGAGUGAAAGCGAGUCUCUGGAGUUGGAGUCGCCGCUGUACGAGGACCUGUUCACAAACGUGCCGAAACAACUCAUGGCCUAUUCAGACCGGCCCUUCGCCGAGGAAGACUCCCUGUUCCCGAGCCGACAGGCGGUCUUACGGUACCUGAAUCAAUACGCCGACGACGUCCGCCACUUGAUCCGCUUUCACACCGCAGUGAGGGAUGUGCGCUUGCACAGCGACCAGAAGUCUGGGCGAGAGCAUUGGUCGCUGCUGGCGGAAGACCUGCGAACCAAGCAAACCAUCAGCCGAGACUAUGAUGCCAUCGUCGUCGCCAACGGCCACUACACGGUGCCGUACGUGCCAGACAUCAAGGGCGUCGCAGCCUGGCAUGCGGCGUAUCCGCAUAGCAUCAUCCACUCCAAAGCAUACCGCCGACCGGAUGGUUUCAAGGGCAAGAAAGUGAUUGUGAUUGGCAAUUCAGCCUCGGGCCUGGAUAUUGCGUCCCAGAUCGGGCAGCAUUCCAAGGGACCGGUCUUGCUCUCGUCGCGCUCCCCGUCGGCCUUUGGGCCCGUCGCCCCAUCGGAGUUGCGGGAAGAGGUCGAUGAGCUGGUGGAGUUCUUGCCCAAGAACGUGGCCGACCGAGCGGUGAGAUUUAAGAGCGGCAGAAUCGAGAAAGACGUCGACGCCGUCGUGUUCGCUACCGGAUAUCUCUACUCAUACCCGUUUCUGUCCACACUGUCACCGCCGCUGGUCACCGACGGCUUGCGGACGCGAGGUGUCUACCAGCACCUCUUCGAUAUUGAGCAUCCUACCCUCGCGUUUCCCGUAAUCAACCUCAAGAUCAUCCCGUUCCCGCUGGCGCAGAACCAGGCGGCCGUGAUUGCCCGGGCGUGGAGUGGUCGACUGGAUCUGCCCCCUACCGCGGAAAUGAGGCAGUGGGAGCUGGACCUGCUCAAAGAAACUGGCGAUGGCAGACCCUUCCAUACCAAGCGGUUCCCCGGAGACGCCGCCCAGAUCAAUGAGCUCUACGCCUGGGCAGAGACGGCCAGGAGGAGACGGGGACUGGAUAAUGACGGGAUUGGGAAACCACCCACCAGGUGGGAUGAGCGACAGGUCUGGAUAAGGGCCAAGCUUCCUGAUAUCAGAGCCGCUUAUGCCAGUAGGGGGGCCGAUAGAAUCAAGGUCCGGACGGUGGAGGAGCUGGGCUUUGAUUUUGACCGGUGGCGGACGAAGGCUAGCGGCGGUGAUUUGGAUCUGUUUCGACAAACAAAAGCCAAGUUAUGA